GAUCACACAUGUUUAUCCCUACUCUCUCCCAAAACUCCAUCAGAACAAUGGUAAAUGAGUAAAAAGGUAUAAAUUCACAAGGAGAAAGAAGAUGGAAGGGGAGAUAGCCAUGGACAAGACACAUGACACAUUCUACAAGACGGCAGGGAAGGAACCAUGGUAACUGCCUGAGGUAACUGAAGUCAAGGGUCUUGCUGGUGCCCCCAGAGCACAUUGAAGAGGAAGCUGUCAGCUCCCUGUGCAGAUCCAUAGCAGAGGUGAAUAGGGAAAGGAGGAAAUCUGCCCCAAACCCUGCGCCAACAGUCAACUUUCCACGAAGGUCCUCAUUUAAACCUCACAACAAGCCCUUAGCAUGGAGAUUCUGAUCCCCACCUUGCAGAGAAGGAAGCAGAAGUUCUAGGGAUUUGGGAAGGUAAACAAGACCCUGUUUUGGGCAAUUAGCAUAGGCCCUGAGCCAGAGAAAUGGCAGGACUGGUUCCUGACCCACUGAGUCGCGGAGCUUGUUCCUAUUUGUUUAGGAUGCAUGAGAGUUGAGCAAUGUUUGGACAAUUUUCCUCCCAGUCCACACUAGUCUUAUGAAUUCCAUCGUACCAUUCUGCGGCGCCUGCAGGCUCCCCAAGCCCCACACGAGACCCCUGAAUCUAUCACCACUAAGGAUGGGAUGUGCAGGAUCAAGACUGAACAUGUUUGCUGCCUAUAGAAGCUAUAGAAGUUGCUGAACACGAGACUCAUCUCUAACAGAGAUGCCUUCCUUCUCCGUGUGGUUCUAGGGCUUGGGAGGCAGGAGGAGGGGUCAAAUGACUCCUCAAGGUCUCAUUGGGUUUGAGGAUGUCUGUAUUUCUGGGAAGAAUUUCCUGAAAUGUGUGUCUGAGGAUGCUGGGAACUGGUCACCCAGUUGGGGCCAAAGAAGAGGGCAGCCCUGUAGAGGCAGGACAGUGGGUAGGGAGUGGGGAGGGUAGCCCCACAUCCUAUGGAGGAGAGGCUGGGGCGAGACUACCAAAUGCUUGGGCUCCUGGGCCAGGGGGAGGGGAGGGUGGUUUGGAAAGAGUUGGGGUCAAGGUCUGGUGGCAAGAUCUCAGCAGAGAGGCCUGCCGGUAGAUGGGAGGAAGGUCUCGGAAGGCUGCCAGGAGGCCGGUCCUAACGGGGUGGGGAGGAGCCUUGGGCGGGCUGGAAGCUGGAGGGGCCUCGGGGGUGGGAGUGGGAGGAGAUGGGGGCCAACCAGAGGAAGGGGGGGCAGGAAGAGGCUAACAGCCUGAUGUCGAGUCAUCCAGGAGAAGGGCAGCAGAGACCCUGAGGCAUAGAAGAGCGAGAGGACCUCCGUUUCCACAUCUGUAGCUUUCUUGUUCUCAGGCCACCGGAACACACAGAGUUCGAGGGGGCCACGGUGAUCGAGUGAGGCCAUGUGGCAGCUGCUGAUCCCUCUGGCCCUGUGGCUGGGCGCGGUGGGUCUGGGCAGGGCUGAGCUCACCGCGGCGCAGCAGCGGGGCCUGCAGGUGGCCCUGGAAGAAUUUCAUAAGCACCCGCCCGUUCAGUGGGCCUUCAAGGAGACCAGUGUGGACAGAGCCGAGGACACGCCCUUCCCUGCAGGGACCUUCGUGAGGCUGGAAUUUAAACUCCAGCAGACGAGCUGCCGAAAGAAGGACUGGAAAAAAGCCAACUGCAAAAUCAAACCCAAUGGGAGGAAGCGGAAAUGCCUGGCCUGCAUCAAGCUGAACUCUGCAGAUAAAGUUCUAGGCCGGAUGGUCCACUGCCCCAUCCACACACAGGUUCACCAGAGUUGGGUCCCGCUUCCCGGACAGCUGCAGGAGGUAACCAGCAAAGGACCCCCGCCUGUCCCUGAGCUCAGGGAGGACAAUCCCAUCAUCCCCGAGCUAAUAAAAGUGCUCUCCCAGAUGUUCUCUCCUCUUGCAUGCCCUCCUUCCCCUAAGCUCAACUGUGGGAUUAGGAUGCUCCAAGAGGAGCAGAGCCCCAGGGGGAGCAGGAGACUUCCUGUCCAACGCUCAGAAAACAGGAGAGAACAGGGCCCCAGGGACAUCAUCUUGCCUUCAGGCGCUCGUGCUUGGGAAAACAAAGGUCACCCACAAAAACGGACAGGCAGUGAUGCUUAGAACAGGAAGAUUUAAUAGGGAUCAGGUGGGUGAGAACGGGCAGUGAGGGCUCUGGGUGACAAGGGACGGGAGCACCCAGCAGAGGGUCAUGUGGAUAGGCAACUCUGGAAGGUGGGUGACCACAGCUUCCAGGCUUUGGCCCCUCCUCUCCCAGGACUGUCUGGGGCGACACAGACACCCUCCCUGCCUUUCUCACCUUUAGCCCUGGGAAGAUGCAGCGCUCUUCCACUAAAGCCUCAGACCUGAGCAGCCAGGGGUGGCAGCUGCUGUGGGCAUGGCUCCACACAGGGCCUCCUCUCCAGGCUCGCAGAGUAGGAGGCAGGAGGGCCUCACACCCUGCCACCG